AUCCAACAUGAAAAAUUGUCUAGCAAUUCUUGCGCUUAUUACUUUAGGAACCGCAAUAACCGCUACGGAUUAUUGUUCCGAAGACAUUUGUAAUGCCAAAGGAGCCACUCAUGUAGCAUGUGAUAGCAAAAAAGAAUUCUCUUCCUCUUGCCCUAAAGAUGCUGAAAUGAUGGAAAUUGAUGAAUCAUUGCAAAAACUUAUUGUCGAUAAACACAAUGAAAAACGUAACACUAUUGCUGGGGGUGAAUAUGAUUCCCUUAAGCCAGCCUGUAGAAUGGCCACCAUAGAAUGGGAUGAUGAAUUAGCUUAUUUAGCUGAAUUUAAUGUUUUAAAAUGUAAAAUGGAACAUGAUGAUUGUCAUAAUACCAAUGAUUUUAAAUAUUCUGGACAAAAUCUUGGUGAAAUGGGUUUUAGAGGUGAAAUUAAUCAAACUGAAAGAAUAUUACAAUCUAUAGACUUGUGGUAUGAAGAGAAAGAACAUGUAUCACAGUCAAUUAUUGAUGAAUAUCCUAACGAUUAUUCGGGACCUGACAUUGGCCAUUUCACUGUCAUGAUGGCUGAUCGUAAUAUACGUGUGGGUUGUGCUGCUGCCACUUAUUCGGUGUCUGGUGAAAAUUAUAAAAAUUAUUUAUUGGCUUGCAAUUAUGCCACCACUAAUAUGAUUGGUUUUGCAAUUUAUAAAAGUUGUGACAAACCUGCUGCUGAUUGUGAAUCUGGCACUAAUGAAUCUUAUAAAAAUUUGUGUUCUCCUAAGGAAUCUUAUGAUGUUAACCAGUGGUUUUAG